GACUGCGCAGACAGGUCGGAAGGAGACGCAUAGCCCGCCGGUGUGGCGGGCAUUGCGCCGAAAUGACGACCUUAGUGCUGGAUAACGGAGCCUACAACGCCAAAAUCGGUUACAGCCAUGAAAAUGUGUCAGUUAUUCCUAAUUGUCAAUUCAGGUCAAAAACGGCACGUCUUAAAACUUUUACUGCUAACCAGAUAGAUGAAAUAAAAGACCCUUCAGGACUGUUUUAUAUCCUUCCUUUUCAAAAGGGCUAUUUGGUGAAUUGGGAUGUUCAACGACAAGUUUGGGAUUAUCUUUUUGGAAAAGAAAUGUAUCAGGUUGAUUUUUUAGAUUCUAAUAUUAUUAUCACAGAACCAUAUUUUAACUUCACUUCAAUUCAAGAAUCAAUGAAUGAAAUUCUUUUUGAAGAAUACCAAUUCCAAGCAGUAUUAAGAGUAAAUGCUGGGGCUCUCAGUGCACAUAGGUAUUUCCGAGAUAAUCCUUCAGAAUUAUGUUGCAUCAUUGUAGACAGUGGGUAUUCCUUUACACAUAUAGUUCCUUAUUGUAGAAGUAAAAAGAAAAAAGAAGCAAUUAUUCGGAUAAAUGUGGGAGGUAAACUUUUAACCAACCAUCUAAAGGAGAUUAUAUCUUACAGGCAGUUACAUGUUAUGGAUGAAACACAUGUGAUUAAUCAGGUGAAGGAAGAUGUAUGCUAUGUGUCUCAGGAUUUUUACAGAGACAUGGAUAUUGCAAAGUUAAAAGGAGAAGAUAAUACAGUAAUGAUAGACUAUGUUUUGCCUGAUUUCAGUACAAUUAAAAAGGGAUUUUGUAAGCCGAGGGAAGAGAUGGUGUUGAGUGGAAAAUAUAAGUCUGGGGAACAGAUUCUUCGUCUGGCCAAUGAGAGAUUUGCUGUUCCAGAAAUACUAUUUAAUCCUUCUGAUAUUGGCAUUCAAGAAAUGGGAAUUCCAGAAGCUAUUGUCUAUUCAAUUCAAAACUUACCUGAAGAAAUGCAGCCACAUUUUUUUAAGAACAUUGUUUUGACGGGAGGAAAUUCCCUUUUCCCAGGAUUUAGAGAUCGUGUUUACUCAGAAGUUCGAUGUCUCACUCCAACAGAUUAUGAUGUUUCUGUAGUGCUACCUGAAAACCCUAUUACUUACUCCUGGGAAGGUGGAAAAUUGAUAUCAGAUAAUGAUGAUUUUGAAGAUAUGGUGGUAACAAGAGAAGAUUAUGAAGAAAAUGGACAUAGCAUCUGUGAGGAGAAAUUUGAUAUUUAAGAAACAUUUCUGAAUAAAAACCUUGAUUGGUGGUAAUUGAAAAGUUUAAUUUCACAGUUCCUUUAAGCAAGGUUAAAGACCUGUGUUAUUUUUUCAUCCUAAGAUUAAAGCCUUGGAACUCACAUAUGGACUCUGCUCCAUGGCUAACUUUUCAAGGUUUCUUGGCCCAUUUUUUUUUCAUUUGGGAGUUGGACUAUUACAAUGUUUAUGCUGUUUCAGAGAGUAGCCUAUUCUUUAUAAGGGGAAUGCAGUGUGAUUCUUCAUAGUUGAAAGCACAAACUUAACUAUUUCCUGCUUGGUUUUCUUUAGAUGGUUGUUUUGUGAUUGAUUAUGAACUGGUCAGUGUAUUUAAAGGCUGAUAUGAUUCCUCUUUGUCUCUUAGCACAAAGUAUUUUAUUUAAAAGAUGUCAUUCUUACCUUUAUAUAAUAAAGCGGAAAAGACUAA